UCCACCUUGGUAGUUGCUGGAGCCGUAGUUUUGGUGAUGGUCCUGGCUUGCUGCUUCAGGACAAAUAUCAUCUCUGCCAAUACUCUUUUGUUUCCGAGGGAUCCAACCCAUCAGAUUAUUGAGGGGUUUCUGAAGGAGCAUGGACCCCUUCCUACAGCCAGGUAUAGUUAUUCGGAGGUUAAGAAAAUGACAAACUUUUUCAGAAACAAAUUAGGCCAAGGGGGAUUCGGUAGUGUAUAUAAGGGGAAGUUACACGACAGACAUGUUGCGGUGAAGAUUUUAAAUAGAUCAGAAGACAAUGGAGAAGAAGAAUUCAUCAAUGAAGUGGCAAGUAUCAGCAGGACUUCACAUGUUAACGUUGUUAGGCUUUUGGGGUUUUGUUUGGAUAAGUCUAAACGGGCUCUAAUAUAUGAGUUUAUGCCUAAUGGAUCUCUAGAUAAGUUUAUAUAUCAUGACAAAAAUUCAUUGCGGGUUUCUUGCCAAUUGGAUUACGAAAUAUUAUAUGAUAUUGCAAUUGGCAUUGCACGUGGGUUAGAGUACUUACACAGAGGUUGCAACACUAGAAUUUUGCAUUUUGACAUAAAACCUCACAACAUAUUACUAGAUGAUGAAUUCUGCCCAAAAAUAUCAGAUUUUGGACUUGCAAAACUAUGUCCAAGAAAAGAAAGUGCUGUAUCAAUAUUUGGUGCAAGAGGAACUGCAGGGUAUAUUGCUCCAGAAAUAUUUUCGAGAAACUUUGGUCCAGUGUCGCAUAAAUCAGACGUCUACAGUUAUGGAAUGAUGGUCAUAGAAAUGGUUGGAAUGAAACAUAAUUUUAAGGCUAAAGUAGACUGUUCGAGUGAAAUAUAUUUUCCUCAGUGGAUUUACAAUUUUCUUGAAUCAGAGCAGGAGCUUAGUUUAGAGAAUAUGAUAGAUGAAAGUGAUGACAAAAUAGUGAGAAAAAUGUCAAUAGUAGGUUUAUGGUGCAUCCAAACCUAUCCUUCAACUCGUCCAGCCAUAAGUAGAGUAGUGGAAAUGUUAGAAAGUAAAGUUGAGUUAUUGCAAAUUCCACCCAAACCAUUUUUAUCAGAUCCUUCAACUUCUUCAGUCAACUUGUCAGGUCAGACAUUAUAAUUUGUGAGAAUUUUAAUAUGUAACAUAUAUUACAGUACAUUACACUAAU